AUAUGGCCGAAGGAACUAUUACAGGUUCGAGCGCAGCUGCUAAGCCGCCGGGUAUGAGGGCUGUUAUGAUCGGUUCUACUGGAGCCAUCGGAGAACAUUUGCUGGGAGAACUUUUGAGCUCUAAGAAUAUAUCCAAAGUUGUUUCUUUGGGCCGGAGAAAUGCCACAGUCCCUGCAGAAUAUUCUGUGGAUCAAAAAGCUGAAGAGGAAUCUGGAAGACUGGAGCAACAUGUCAUAGACUUUGAGAAAUUAAGCACUGAAACAGUUGGUGAACAUUUUAAGGACAAAGAUGUCUUCUUUUGUACUCUGGGCACAACUCGACGAGCUGCAGGAUCUGCUGCUGCCUUUAAACAUGUGGACUUUGACUAUGUGGUUAACUGUGCAAAAAUUGCUAAAGAGGCAGAUGUCCCUCAGGUGUCCUUAGUAUCUUCUCAAGGUGCAUCAGCUUCAAGUUCUUUCCUCUACCUGAAAACAAAAGGCCAGGUGGAGAAUGCAUUGAAGGACAUGCAAUUUCCAAACACAAGCAUUUUUAGACCUGGCUUUCUUGACCGAGGGAGCAAACAGAGAUUUGUAGAGAAGAUGGCAAAACUGGUGAUGACAUCCAUACCUGUGACAACAGUUGCUAAAGCAAUGGUAACAGAUGCAGAAAAUUAUAUGAAAAGCAAAGAGAGUGGUGGUGAUCCGCAAAGCACACCUUCAUCUGUCACUUACGAAAAUGCAGAAAUAUUAGCCCUUUUGUCAGCGAAUUGAAGGGAACUUCUUAAGUAAUUCAAGAAUUUACUGCUGCACAGCUUUUACUUUCAAUAACAAUUGUCUUGUAAACAAUGAAAAUAUUUGGAUAAUUACAUUUUGUCAGGUCAGAGAUAUUGGCAUCUAAUUUCUCAUUAUUCAUGAGAAUUAAGGAAACAAUCACCAACUGAAGAGGCUCUCGAUUGUUGUACUAGUGCCUUAGGAAAUGUAUAUAGAACAGCAUUAAAAAAAUAUGCACAUUGAUGUUAAAGAAUAACAGUCAGGUCCAAAAAUGAGACUUGUCAGCAUUGCAUCAGAAAACCAAAGGAUAUUUAUAGAACUUCAUUGUGAGCCUUCUUUCUGAUUAUCAGUAAAUAUACAAGUCUGGAGAAAAAGCUUAUCUUGAGAUAGUUAAUAAUUCAACUGCAUCAACUGCGGUUGAAAACAGAUAUCAUUGUUUUCUUAUUAUUUUUAUUAUUAAAUUGAGUGUGUCUUUGACAAUAAUUUUGACACAGCAUAGAAAGACAAAAACCAACAACAACAACUAAUGGGAACACAUACAGUUUCUCAACAAACUUCAUCUUUAUUAUGUGCACUAAAAAUUAUAUAUUUACAGCAACUGUCGAGAAGAACUCUACAUUCAUAUUUAUAUUAUCUUAUCCAUACUUUUCUGAGGGAACUGAUUAAAGUGGAUAUUUCUAAAUAUUUUCAUCAGUUCUAAGUUGUGUGUGUAUUUGAAACAACUGGUACUACGCAUGGCAACAGAUAAUAAAGAUAUACAGUAUGUUUUCAUGUCACAAAUAGCACAUGCAGGAGGGAAUGUACAGUUUAUAGUGCACACAAGAACUGCUUCAUCCAUAUAUUUUGCAAAGGUAAGUGAACUCACCACUACUCUGCAGUUUAACACAGUUAAACUUCUACCUCAAAACAUUUUGUUCUAUAAAAAUUUAUCUGAACUGAUGCAUGAUAUCAAUCCUGCUUCAGUACCAAUAAACAGAAAAUUCCUUUCUUGACAUACACUGGAUCAUUCCAAAGGAAAAAUUUCUGAAGUAGUUAUUGGCACCUACAGAGGUCUUUCCAUAUUUAAGUCUACACAAAGCCAUUUUCCUCUUUACAAUUCUAUCAUUUCUAAUAACAAUUUUUUUAAUUUCAAAACAAUGAGUUGUUUCUCACUAGCACUGCAGUUACUUCAGUGGAUUCAUCUUAAAUAAAAUACAAUGCAUGCCACAUGCACAGUACAUGUAUAUCAAGGGGACAGCCAUCUCUAUUCAUUUUAAUAAAUAAAAUAUAUCAAAGUGGGUUUAAAGAGUAUCAGUCAGAAUAUUUGAAAUAGAAUUUCAAGAGGUGUGUUGAGUCAAACCCAAAUCACUCUCUGUUACAAAAGUCCAUAACUCAGCCUAAAAAAGCAGAAAACUGAUGUUAUUCUCCAUCUUUCUGGGAUGACAAGCGCAUGCAAACCAUGAAGUUUCUGCCUCAGUUAUGGACAUUCUCUGCAUGUCAAUAAAAGACAAAUUAAAUGUAUGAUGUGUUGGAA